UUUGGGGCAUAAUAUUAUUUUGUUGAUAAAAUUAUAACAAAACUAAGUUCUUUACAAAAAACAUGGUAAAAUAAGACCUACAAUAAUCUAAGUUCAAUCCCAAUAGUUAUAUAAAAGUACACAUUGAAAAUGGAAGCUGCAACGAAUAUUCAAAAUGGUCAAGCCGAAUCUCAAAAAGCAGAACAUGCCGAAAAGAAUAGAAACAAAAGCACCAGUGAAUCUCAAGGCACAUGCUAUUGUGGCAAGGAUAGAAAUCUUAACAUAGUGGAGCUGUUAUGCGCCUCUUGUAACAGAUGGUAUCACGAAUCUUGUAUCGGGUACCAGCUGGGAAAGCUGGUACCGUUUAUGACAAACUACUUGUUUGUUUGCAAAAAUUGUUCACCCACAGGCUUGGAGACAUUCAAGAAAAAUCAAGCACCUUUUCCGCAAAUGUGCUUAACAGCUAUAGCAAACUUGUGCCAGGAGAGUGCAAAAGAGGGCACCCAAAAGACAAAGUUCAGCAAGGAUCGUGAUAUCAUACCAUACAUUGACCAGUAUUGGGAAGCUAUGACCACAAUGCCGAGAAGGGUCACUCAAUCCUGGUAUGCUACUGUACAGCGGGCUCUGUUAAAGGACAUACAAGUGAUGUUCUCCUACGAGGAGGACCCAACACAAGGGCCCGUGUUCGGGCUAUACAACAUGGAACUUACGAACAUCAAACCAAACUACGAGGCUAUGAUCAAACAAGGCCAACUGAAGGUCACCGAUAUGGGAAUUGCUGCUAUCCCUCUCACCGGCAACGUCAAGGGCCGACAGGGGAAGCGUCGGCCUGCCGUCAGCAGCCUGGACGCCGGCGCGCCGGUCGGCAAGAAGGGCCGAUCGGCUGACGUCGGCGCCCUCAAGCUGCCCUCACACGGAUACCCCACAGAGCAUCCCUUCAACAAGGACGGGUAUCGAUAUAUCCUGGCCGAACCCGACCCGCACGCGCCGUUUAGACAGGAGUUUGACGAGAGCAACGAAUGGAGCGGUAAGCCGAUACCCGGGUGGCUAUACCGGUCCCUGUGCCCCGGCGUAGUGCUGCUGGCGCUGCACGACCGCGCGCCGCAGCUGAAGAUAGCCGAGGACCGCCUCGCUGUGACCGGCGAGAAGGGGUACUGCAUGGUGCGGGCUACUCACGGUGUGUCGAGCGGUACGUGGUACUGGGAGGCGACUGUCGAGGAAAUGCCGGAGGGCGCCGCGAGCCGGCUCGGCUGGGGCCGCCGCUACGCCAACCUGCAGGCGCCGCUCGGAUACGACAAGUUCGGAUACAGCUGGCGCAGCCGCAAGGGGACCAGAUUCCACGAAUCUCGCGGUAAACACUAUAGCCCUGGCUACGGGGAAGGAGACACGUUGGGCUUCCUCAUAGUGCUGCCCAAAGGCGUUACCACCAAGUACACGCCCAAUACUUACAAAGAUAGACCCUUAGUGAAAUUCAAGAGCCAUCUCUACUAUGAAGAUAAGGAUAAUAUACAGGAGUCUUUAAGCAAAUUAAAAGCCUUGGAGGGCAGUCGCAUAUUGUUCUUUAAGAACGGCGAAUGUCAAGGCGAGGCCUUCACGGAUAUUUAUGGCGGCUGCUACUACCCGGCCGUGUCGUUACACAGAAAUAUCACUGUCAGCGUCAACUUUGGACCCAAUUUCAAGUGUCCGCCUAACACAGAUAUUAAUUAUCGACCUAUGUCAGAGAAAGCAGAAGAAGCAAUAUGUGAGCAGACCAUGGCAGAUUUGCUGUAUUUGACAGAGAAUGAAGGAAAGCUGCGACUGGACAACUUCAACAUUUGAUACAACUAACACCGUCCAACGGUGUCUAAACGGACUGCCCUAGGGUUUUAUAUGAAAUAUUGGCUGUUGUGUAAUUGGCAUUUGAUUGGCUCAGAUAUGGCGUAUAAUAAGGGAUGUAUAAUAAACAUUUCUAAGGAUAGACUUAAAAAACCAAUCAUUAAACUCUGAAGCAGCUAUACUCAACCUGCGGCCCGCCGCCCGCCGC